AUGGCUCGGAAGCAGGACGAGCAGAGAGGGGGCGCGCCCUUGAUGGCGGAAGGCAAGUCGGACGCGGAGGUUAGGCUCAUUCUGUACCACUGGACACAUUCUUUCAGCUCUCAAAAGGUGCGAUUGGUAAUUGCUGAAAAGGCAUUGAAGUGCGAGGAACAUGAUGUAAGUCUGCCCCUGAGUGAGCACAAUGAGCCUUGGUUUAUGCGUUUGAACUCAACUGGAGAAGUGCCUGUCCUUAUCCACGGGGAAAACAUUAUUUGUGAGGCCACUCAGAUCAUUGAUUAUCUUGAACAGACUUUCCUGGAUGAAAAAACACCCAGGUUAAUGCCUGAUAAAGGAAGCAUGUAUUAUCCACGGGUACAACAUUAUCGAGAACUUCUUGACUCAUUGCCAAUGGAUGCCUAUACACAUGGCUGCAUUUUACAUCCUGAGCUAACUGUGGACUCCAUGAUCCCAGCUUAUGCAACCACAAGGAUUCGCAGCCAAAUUGGUAACACAGAAUCUGAACUGAAAAAACUUGCUGAAGAAAACCCGGAUUUACAAGAGGCAUACAUCGCAAAACAGAAGCGACUUAAAUCAAAGCUUCUUGACCAUGACAAUGUCAAAUAUUUGAAGAAAAUUCUUGAUGAAUUGGAGAAAGUCUUGGAUCAGGUUGAAACUGAGUUGCAAAGAAGAAAUGAAGAAACUCCAGAAGAGGGCCGCCAGCCUUGGCUCUGCGGAGAAUCCUUCACCCUGGCAGACGUUUCACUCGCUGUCACAUUGCAUCGGCUGAAGUUCCUGGGGUUUGCGAGGAGAAACUGGGGAAAUGGAAAGCGACCAAACUUGGAAACCUAUUACGAACGUGUCUUGAAGAGAAAAACAUUUAACAAGGUUUUAGGACAUGUCAACAAUAUAUUAAUCUCUGCAGUGCUGCCAACAGCGUUCCGGGUGGCCAAGAAAAGGGCCCCAAAAGUUCUUGGCACCACCCUUGUGGUUGGUUUGCUCGCAGGAAUGGGAUAUUUUGCUUUUAUGCUUUUCAGAAAGAGACUUGGCAGCAUGAUAUUAGCACUUAGACCCAGACCAAAUUAUUUCUAG